AUGUAUUCGCUUUAUUCAACGACACAGGAAAAUCAUAUAAAAUCGGUUAUAAUGAAGCUCCAUAUAUUCUUGUCCUGUAUCGUGGUCAUACACGGAGCAACAAUAAGCAAUGAAAAGUGUGAUGGAGUUACAAUCGACGGCAUCUAUUACGACAAGGAGAAAACCGAUGACAUCUUCAAAACCGCCAAGAUUAAUCUUUAUACGAAGGAUUUCGCAGAACUGGACGGGGUAGAGAACGGGUUCGCGCAGACAGUGGAUCAAAAAAAUCACGUACUUUACAUCGGCAGCUCAAAAGGCAUCUAUAAAUAUGAUAACACAGAUAAUACAGUCAAACUGAUAGCAGCACUCGACACAGAUAUAUGGAGCAUAUACUUCAAGGAUGUGUUGUACUAUUCUGAGUUUCCUUCGCUAUUUCUGUACACAGUGAAGAAUGGUCAAACAGAACGUUUUAAAGAUCUAGAAGAGACCAAAGUAGCAUAUUUCGCUAUUGAUGACGAAGAAGAUAUGUUUUACGCUAAUGAUACCGGUCUGUACAGUCAGAAAAAAAAUACAAAAGACUCAGUUCUAUACAAAAGUCUGAAUAAUGGGGACGAUGUUAGAGGGCUAACGACUGAUGUGAAUGGAAGGGUUUAUAUUUGUUUACCUGAUGGAAUAUAUAGGGUUAAUAAACAUACAACCACUGUCGAGAAAGUGGUUGACGUGGACGACGCGCUUGGAGUUGCUUUAGACGGUAACAAUAAUAUUAUUUAUGCUGACACUACAUCGUUGAUUCAUCUCAAACCUAGCAAGAAUAAAAAUUGUUAA